CACGGGUAGAGAAGCCGCCGCAGCAGCCUCCCCAACCGCGCGGGGCGUUUGAAUGGGCCGGAAGUGGGGGUACAGCGACUUCCGGCAGUUGGGCUGAGGCAAGGGAACGUCAGGGAUGGCGACCAAGAGACUCGCAAGGCAGCUUGGAUUAAUUAGGAGAAAGUCAAUUCCACCAGCAAAUGGAAACCUAGGAAGAAGCAAAUCUAAACAGUUGUUUGACUACUUAAUUGUCCUUGAUUUUGAGUCCACAUGUUGGAAUGAUGGGAAACACCACCGGAGUCAGGAAAUAAUUGAAUUUCCAGCGGUAUUACUGAACACAUCAACUGGAGAGAUUGAAUCUGAGUUCCAUGCUUACGUUCAGCCUCAGGAACAUCCAAUUCUUUCUGAAUUUUGCAUGGAACUGACAGGCAUAAGGCAGGCUCAAGUUGAUGAAGGAGUCCCUCUGAAGAUUUGUUUAUCUCAGUUCUGUAAAUGGAUUCAGAAGAUUCAGCAACAGAAGAAAAUUAUUUUUGCUACUACAGUUUCAGAUAGUUCCACUGCUGAAGUAAAAUUAUGUGCGUUUGUUACUUGGUCAGACUGGGACUUGGGGGUUUGCCUGGAGUAUGAAUGUAAAAGAAAACAACUGUUAAAACCUGUGUUCCUUAAUUCUUGGAUUGAUCUCAGAGUAACUUACAAGAUUUUCUAUAGAAGAAAACCAAAAGGACUCAGUGGUGCCCUGCAGGAAGUGGGAAUGCAAUUCUUGGGACGAGAACAUUUUGGGUUGGAUGAUUCUCGGAAUACUGCCCUUCUUGCUUGGAAGAUGAUCAGGGAUGGUUGCUUAAUGAAGAUAACAAGGUCUUUGAACAAGGUUUCCACUAAGAGGAAUCCUAACAUUUUCACCAGAAAUUUGAAUACGGAUCAAGUUAAAGAAACAUCAGCCUGUACCAAUAACACUCAUGAUCCCAGCAUAUAUGGUAGGGAGCCUAAAAAUUCAAUAAAAUCUUACAAGAAAAUUCAAAUGAAGUCUGUUGGUGUGAAUUCUCCUAUAAAGGAUCAGUUACAACAAAAGGACAGCAUAAAAGCAGGUCUUUGCAAUGUCAGAAGCUGUUUCUCUCUCUUUAAUGCUACUAAGUCCUGGACUUCUCUGGGGCAGCUGCAGUCUUCCAGCUGGAAUACACCUAUGCAGAAGCAAAUAAACCAACAUCUUGCAUUUAAUAUCAAUUCUAAGACUUCAACAGUUGAUUCAGAACUGGUACCUGUUUCAACUACCAUUUCAUCUUUUAAUAAUGUUUCUGAUAUGGAAGUCAGUUCUGCCCUUGACUGUUUACCUAUGUUGGCUGAUUGGGAGGAUGUAGCUUUACUGCCAGCAUCUCAGCCCGAGCAAAAUAUAUAUUGUAUACCUCCUGUUAGUGACUCAAAUGUAGACACUUCACUUAAUUCUGGAGAAAGAGUAAUGGUUUUAGAAGAAUCUGAAAUGUUAAGUCAUGAAAACUUUGGAGGCACAGAAGAAACUCCUCAAAAAUCUGUUACCUCUAAGUCUAUUGUAUAUAAGAGUCCCCAUACCACUAUUUAUAAUAUAAAGGAAGCCAAAGAUCCAGGUUCAGAUACUUUUGGCUUUAAAUUACCUGAAUGUAAAUCAAGUAAUCUCAACAGUGUUAAUUCCAAUGUGUCUCAUCCUUUAGUUUUGGGGAAACAUCCUCUUUGUUUAGAUGAUAGUAAAAGGAAUCCAUCCAGUCCUCCACUUUUCCCACCAGCAAAAAAACAGACUUUCACUAUUCAUGAAGAAAAGCCUGCAUCAUCUAAUGACUCCCCAGGAGCAAUUUCUUCCUGGAAGAUUCUCCCUUCUGUCUUAACUUCUACAGUUAAUCUGCAAGAGCCUUGGAAGAGUGGAAAAAUAACACCUCCUUUAUGCAAGUGUGGCCGAAGAUCUAAGAGACUUACUGUUUCUAAUAAUGGACCAAACCAUGGAAAAGUCUUCUAUUGUUGUCCUGUUGGGAAGUACCAAGAAAAGAGAAAAUGCUGUGGUUACUUCAAGUGGGAACAAACACUUCAAAAGGAAAGAGCGAACAGUAUAGUUCUAUCUCAUUCCCCAGGAGGACUCACUUUUAGUUCUCUAGAAACAAACCUUAUUUGUGACAGAAAUGUAAAUUUUUCUACUAAAAAUUCACUGAGACUCAGACCUUCAAUGAGAAAUUGACCUUUUUUAUGUCUAAACUAUGUUUUUACUUCAGUAUGACUUUUAGUGCAGUAAAAAAUAUGUAUAGGGCUACAUGUUGUGAGGACUUUGCAUAUCUGAGCUCUGUAAGCUACUCUGGGGCUAUUCAGCACAUUCAAACACACACACACUGAAAAUAGAAAACAAUAAUAUCACAGCCUUCUAAUUUCAUACACCAGUUAUCUAAUUUGUCUUCUCUCCAUGUGUGAAUCCUGAUUGUCCCCUGAAUUUCCACACGAGUAUGCUGAUAAUGUCUUAUACUAUUUUAUUUAUAUUUCAUAUAUUAACUGUUACCAAACUUAUCAUACUUUUUUGAAGAACCACAAAUUAAAUACUUGGUAAACUGUAUUUAUUAGAUUAAAUAUAAUAGCAAUAUUAAUACAUGAUAUCCUAUUUCUUUAUAUUGAAUUAUAAUUGUCAUACAAUAUUAUAUCAGUUUCAGGUAUACAAUAUAUGAUAUCCUUUUACACUUAGACCUUGAAAUGAAUUUUAAAUUGUUUUUAAAUUGUUUGAAUAACAAUGUGACCAAUAAAAAAUCCCUAGACUAUUUUCAGGUAGAUACUUGUACUUUGAGAAUUAUGAUAAUCUAUUAUUUAAGACUUCUCUAAAAACUUUAUAACUUGUUUCAUUUUAUUUCAACCCUUAAAAAUUUGUUCUGAUUUAUAGUCAAUGUAUUGGUAGAAUUACUCAACUAAGAUCUGAAAUGCAAUAGGUCAGAGAUUUAGUUCAGAAAUUGCUUCUACACUAUGUGUUUAAAAAUUCCUCAACAACUGGUGGUAUUCUUUUUAUAUUACCAAUUAUAAAAACAUUGACACUGAUGCAGAGGAAUUUAUUGAAUGUUUUAUUUCAGAAUCCAGCCUAUGAGGUUAUAACCACAGGAUAUUUUAAAUCAAUUAGUUUAUAAGCAUACUAUCACAUUUUUUACCACCUUUUCAUAAUCUUUAAUUUUACAGAGUCUUAUUUUAUAGAGACCAUCAUAAUUAAUGGAAUAGACUUAAGUUGUUUCCCAUUCUUUCUUCCUCAGUUCAUUUCUUUUUAUCUUCCCACUAAUAGUCUUUGGCAGCUCUUGAAUAAAUUCUACCUGUAGAUAUCCAAGGGAAGAAAAUUAGGCCAGAAGUUUUCAUCUUUAGACAAAGUCAAUUAUAUAACAGUUCCAUUGUGAACUCUAGGUGAAAGAAUCAGGACACCAAUUGGGGGGUUUUUUGGUAACAGCCAAAAAAGGGAGAAUGGAUAUUGUUGAGGAUAUUUUUUUGAUAUUUAGUAUUUACUAUAAGUCCAGUAAGCCAAAUGACCCUACAAAUUAGGUUAAGAGUUUCAUUUUAAUCUCAAAGAUUCUGUUUCUUAUCCAUGUCAUUAGUUCAGUUUGAAGUGUUAGUGUUUGGUAUAGCACAUUUCAAGAGAAUGUUCAUUAAAAUGGAAAAAAUAAACAGCUGAAAAUUUCCGGAAUACUAAGCAAAUACUGUUCUUAAUUAGAGUACCUACCUUUCUGGGAUAUUUGUAAGGUGCUGUAUUUCUUUUUACAUGCUCCUGAAUCUCCUUUUUUAGUUGUUCUUGAUCAUGUGACUUGUAAUCAGGAUUCAGAACAAUAAAAGCCUUUACUACCUAAAAUAAAUAUUUGAAUGAUG